UCCUCUACUUUAUGUUAUUUAUUCUAAAUAUCCCGCCAAGUAAUGGGAUUUCAUGGAGCAGUUGUGAUUGGACGAUCAAGAAAAGAGGGCGGGCUUUAUAGGUCACCUGCUCAACGUCGCGCACCAAGUUCAAGGCGCUUGUUUCCGUUCGCCUACUCACUCACCCGCCUGAAUACGCGGUCAGGAAAAGUGUUGCUCCAAUGGCCGCGACAGGGACAAAGAGGAAGAAAACUGCAGCAACAAAUGUUAGGAUGGCGAACACUGCAGCUGCAGCAAUGGAUGACAAUCAUGACGAUGCUGGAGGGACAAUUGACUCGUCCUCUGAUGAUGCAUCAUGCUCCUCCGACUCCUCUUUGUCCUCUUCAUUUUCUGAGUCAUCGUCAUCAAGCUCUUCAUCCUCAUCAACCGAUUCAGACAAUGAAAGAAAAUCCAAGAAAAGAAGCGAGAAGAAAAAGAGGGGCCACCACCAUAAGAAAGACAAGAGGGACUACCACCACAAGAAGAACAAGAAGGAAAAGAAGAAGAUGAAAGGGAAGAGAAAGUGCCAAUAUAGCAGACAGAGAGCACGUCAUCCCAAAGAGGCCAUCAAGAGGUACCAGAAAGUCCUUAAGGCAUACAAGAAGGGAAGAAAGCUGAGUGCAGCAUACAGAAUGGUCGGUGUCGACCCAGACACCGUCGUUGCCAGUGCCCCAAUGUGUGAGCUGUAUGUGGUACAGAGAGCUGCUGGGUGCUUACACACCACAGCAACAACUGCAAGACUUUGCAAAACAAUGUUUGGAAGUUUUGAUCAAUGAUCCAGACCUUUUGAGGGAUGUUGAAAAUCAGAAGAAAAAAGGGAAACUGAUUCCUCUGUGUAAGAGAGCUUAGGGGUAACUUCCCCAGGGCCAGGUUGGUCAUUUAGAGAUGGGAUGGUGCCCGAGAGCAGUGGUUCUCAACUUUUGUUUUGUUGUUUGUGACUUUAGUUUGACUGUUAGAAGUUAAUGAGUUUAAAUAUAUCCACGAAUGAUGUCAUCAGGGGACACAGAAUCCUUGUGUGUGAUAUCACUGGAGCACAUAUUCAACUCAUUAAA